AAGGAGCCGCGUGGGGAUACAAGGCCAACGACACCAGUAUGGCAUCACCUAACCAGUGGGCCGAGAACUACCCCACUUGCGGUGGCCAGCGCCAGUCACCCAUCGAUAUUGAUACCAACGUCGGCUGCAGCUCCGAGAAGCGCUCGCUCACCUUCAGCGGCUCGUGUGCCGACUUCAACGUUUCGCAGUCGGAAGCUAGCGUGAACGGUGGUUCGUGCGCUGUGACGGCCAACGGCGCAGCAUACAACAUGCUGCAGUUCCACAUGCAUGUGCCAUCGGAGCACACUUUGAACGGCCAGUACCUGGGCGGUGAAGUACACUUCGUGCACAGCAACGCGGACAGCUCUGCUCUGCUAGUGACGGGCGUGUUCUUCAAGGCUGUAGAGGGCGCGAGUGACCCGUGGGUGGUGUCCGUGCUGGACGCGCUGGACCAUGUGAGCGCGAACGCGACGGUGGCGGCGACGCUGGCGCCGUACGCCGAUAUGGUGAACAAGGCGGCGGACGCGCAGGGUGUGUUCAACUACCCCGGUAGCCUGACGACGCCCGGUUGCAGCGAGAUCGUGGACUGGUGGGUGGUGAAGAAGCCCGUGGACGUGUCGACGGCCGACCUGGAGCGCCUGCAGUCUCAGCUGCGCAAGAUUCAGAUCACGGACGACGGCAAGAACGCGCGUCCGGUUCAACCUCUGAACGGCCGUGUCGUGGCGGCUCUGCUCUAG